AGGGUCAACUCACUGUCCUAAAAACCAAAUUUCCCAGGAGAAGAGACAGAAGAGAGAGCUCCUAUAAGAAAGGCGUGGGUACCCCAUGAACGAGCCAGCAGAAAACCAGUUGGGGUACACCGGGACUCCAGAGCCAGACCUGAGGCUCAGAAAGGGCCACUGCCUUGAUGGUAGCCGCGGAGGCCGGGAGGACAGCUGCCCGGGAGGCCUGGAGCCCGCGCUAGGGGCGUCUGUCUGUCCUUCUCAACAUUCACACGGCGCGGAGCACCCCGGGAGCGACGAUGGCGUGUCUCAGGGGGACGAGGGGUUCAUGGGCAUGUCCCCCCUCCUGCAGGCCCACCACGCCAUGGAGAGAGUGGAGGAGUUCGUGUGCUGCGUGUUCUUCCUGUGCCUGGGCAUCUUCCACAUGUUCCGCCCCAACAUCUCCUUCGUGGCCCCCCUGCAAGAGAAGGUGGUCUUCGGGCUGUUCUUCCUGGGCGCCAUCCUCUGCCUCUCCUUCUCGUGGCUCUUCCACACCGUCUACUGCCACUCGGAAGGGGUCUCCCGGCUCUUCUCCAAACUGGACUACUCGGGCAUCGCCCUCCUGAUCAUGGGGAGCUUCGUGCCGUGGCUCUACUACUCCUUCUACUGCAGCCCGCAGCCCUGCUUCAUCUACCUGAUAGUCAUCUGCGUGCUGGGCAUCGCCGCCAUCAUCGUCUCCCAGUGGGACAUGUUUGCCACCCCUCAGUACCGCGGGGUCAGAGCAGGCGUGAUCCUGGGCCUGAGUCCUCCUCCCAAUCCCCAGGCGUGAUCCUGGGCCUGAGUCCUCCUCCCAAUCCCCAGGCGUGAUCCUGGGCCUGAGUCCUCCUCCCCACCCCCAGGCGUGAUCCUGGGCCUGAGUCCUCCUCCCCACCCCCA